UUGCGCAUGUAAAACUUAUUUUCUUGACAUUGUUUUACUCAUUUCUAAAAAAAUUCUUAAAACAACAACAUCAUUUCAGCAAGUAAUAAUGACGCAGAAGAUCAGACCAACAUCAUGCAAUGAUCAAGCUAUUUACAUGUUUUAAGGACCAUGACAUGAGUACAAAAAUAGAGGGCGGAUAUUUCUUCUUUACUGGUUGUGUUGUACUUUAUUUGUGUUUGAUAGUAUUCUCGUCUGUUCUGCAAUAUACCACCAACCCCGUGUGUGGUAUUUUCGAUGUUUAAAAGUUAAACCUUGAAAUUUUAGUUCAGACAGAGUCUUAAAUUACAUAUUGUAUACUGGUCCAAACUGUUAAAGAAAUAUUGUUUUCACAUACUUUGUAAUAAAUUGUUUACUGUUCUGUGUCAAUCAAUUGUGGGGAGUGCCAAUCCAUGGCAACAGUGCCAGAGUCGAAGUGCUGCCACCGUUCACCCUAUGGUGGAUGAGUUUGGGAUGGGUAUUAUGUACGCGCAUCUUGCAGCAUCCUAGAUUUAGAACUGUGUGCCUGGAUACAGGGGUAUUAUAUUCAGCAUAUCUACAGUAUAGGCAACAAUAUGGUGGCAGGGGACAGGAGACAAAACAGAACAACAAGCAUCGCCAUACGGCAUACAGACAAUUAACGCAUUGGUGCUGGGGACACCUCGGAAGAAUGGUUCGAGUGCCGCUUCCAGCCUGUGCUGUUCAGCGCAUCAGGGAAACUUUUCCUUCAGAGGAUGGGCAACAUGUGGGAUACAAUGAAGCAGCCCCCGAUUAUUGAUCUCCAUCUGUUUAACUACCGUACCAGUAAAUGCCAUUCCAAUUUUAAAACUGAACACCCUUUUAAUUUCUCUAGUCUGUUAAGUAAUUUUUCAAAUUUGCUUAAAUAGAUCCCUUGCAUGUGGCGUAACAAAACACAUUUCAAGCAUGGGCCAUUUCAUUCAAGUACAAAUACAUGUAGCUUCCUUGCAUUUAUGUGUUAUCUGUGUUGUGGGUUUAGCAUAUUCUGUUUCGUUAGUUACACACUAUUGCGCUUUACAUUUAGUUUGUGUUUGCUUAUCAUGUACCAUGUAUAUUCUAAAUGUUUAAUUUUGCUAAUGACCACUGGCUACGGCUUACUGCGGUAGUUCCUUUUUACAUAAGUUUUUGCUGUUGUGUAUUCCGUACUCACUGUUGUAUCUGUAUAUGAACUUUCUAUACAUGUGUACUUUAUUCUACAUGUAUAUGUAGGGACUUUGGACAGAUCUUGUAAAAGUAAGUGUGUAAAAAUAGAUGUAGCCCCCCCCCCCAAUCAAAUUUUGGUUUAACAGCCUUUCAUAAGUGAUUUUUAACUGUUCCAGGCCGUGCAGAGUAAACAUUACACUUACAUGUAUUACAGAGCCAGCAUGAAACAGCAGUUGGGCAUCAUGGUUCACAGACCAUCCCUGGUAUGAGGCUACGUGUCUCAACCCCGGCACACUUGAUACAGCAUAGUAGCACACAAACAACAGUAUGGUACAAGAGCUGUCUUCCUUGAUCAUACGCGCAUAUGAUGACGACACUCUGAGGAAUGUGGUGUCAAGGAGGCACAUAUCAGAUUU